AUGGCAAUCGGCGCCAGCCUCAUCGUCCUCUUCGCCAUCCUCGGCGCCGGCGCCCUCGUCGUCACCGGCGCCGGCGUCGCCCGCUUCUUCGGCGCCGACGACGCCGCCGACGGAUUCCCGGCCGUGCGGGGGGACCAGAUGGCGUACAUGCGGCGGGUGCGGAUGCGGAACCUGGCGUGGGCGGAGAGGGAGGCGGGGAGGAGGUCGCAGCUGCAGGGGUGA